CAUUGAUUGUCAAUAAAAAUGCCAUGAUUUACUUUAUAGGUACGCGAAGAUUUGAUAUGGUGCGCAUAUAUGACUUGAUGUAUCAGGCUAGCGUUUGUCUCAACAACUACUAUGGAUUAAUGAUCUUGUUGGUCCUUCUAGGAUGUCUCCUACAUCUGCUGGUCACACCAUACGAUUUGUACUUGGCCUUUCUCGAGAAAAAUUGGAGUUACACUUUCAUAUUUCUACAGUCUAUAUGGACGUUUGGACACAUUAUGAGACUCUUUUUGAUAGUCCAACCCUGCGAACAGAUUGGAAACAGGGUACUACAAAAUUUCAUUUUCUUGCUAUAAUAUGAACAGGUAUGUUUUCAGCUGGAGAAACUUUCAUCAAUAAUAAUCCGGGUACUGUGGUCGGAGCAUCGGAUUGACGUCAAUCAGGUGGGUAGGCAUGGACAGUUUCAACUGUAUUAAUAGAGUAGGGCAGUGUGCAUUUCAUGGUAAUGUAGAGGGAAAAAAAAGGGUAGUGACUUUCCGACAUUAAUAUUCCUUCUCAGAAUGCAACGAUAAAAGGCAUGUCCCUUUGAACAACCUACAUUUCUACUAUGGUCCGAAAUAACCAGAAAGUAGAGAAACAUCAAAUAAAAAAUUUAGAUGUUGAUCCCCAUGAGUACUACGUCAAAAAACAAUCAACAAUUCUAAAAACAUUCAUGAAAUUAAGUUUAUUGACGAUCUCAGAUUUAAGCAUUUAAGGUGUUCUAUCAUUGGUAUGGCAAUAUUUUGUUCAGUAU